AUGGUACCGACAGACUCGGACUUGGUUGGGUCGCGGAUUUCAUUAGACCUUGUGUCUCCUUCACGCCCAGGUUCUAAGGUGGUGUGUACUUUCAAAGACGAGACCUACAGCCCGGGGGACAGCUGGCAUCCUUAUCUGGAGCCCUUUGGAUUAAUGUUAUGUAUGCGUUGUCUCUGCACUGAGUCAGGCCAUGUGAAAUGUAACACCAUCAAGUGUCCUGUUCUGCCCUGUGAAAACCCGGUGCCUGAGCCUCAGCAGUGCUGCCCUAAAUGCUCAGAUGCUCCCAGGAUCCCUGCAGGUCUGAGGGCUUCGGUCCGAUCCUGCAGGUAUAAUGGAAGUGUUUAUCAGCAGGGAGAGACCUUCACCAAACAUGACCUGUUCCCCUCCAGACAGAGCAACCAGUGUGUCCUGUGUACAUGCUCAAAUGGAAAAAUCGUCUGUGCUCUGAAAACGUGCCAACCAAUCAGCUGCUCCUCGCCGGUGUCAGCUCCAGAUACCUGCUGUUUGGUGUGUAAAGGUAGUCAAACUCUGAGCCUGGUGCCAAUAAAGUGUCUCCGGUCAGUUUGGCAGAACAAGAGAACUGGUUUUAUCACCUGUGGAUGUGAAGUGAAGAUCAGUGGAUAUCACGGCUCCAGUGGAUCUUCAUCAGCUGAAGAUGGGAACCAGCAGUUGAACAUCAGUAGACAUCCAGUCGAUCAAUGUGCAGCAGAGUCGGGUCGGGCGAGGUCCGACCGUGCCACCGCACCCAGGGUCAGGACGUCUCCCAAAGGCCUGAGUCUGAGUAAACUCAACCUGAAAGGAGCUUCAGAGACGACGGUGAAGAUUUUACUGCAGAAGAAACACCAGAGAGUGUGUUUGUACAACGGCAAGACGUACUCACACGGAGACAUGUGGCACCCAGUUUUGGGCAAGGUCCUGGAAUGCAUCCUGUGCACUUGUACCGAUGGCCUCCAGGACUGCAAACGGAUCACGUGCCCCAGUCAGUACCCGUGCCAACAACCUGUGAAGUCAGCGGGAAAGUGCUGCAAGACUUGUCCAGAACCUCACUCUAAAAGUAACCACACUCAGUGUCAACUAGGAUCUAAAAACAACGUCACGGUCUAUAAAGUUAGGUCGUCUUUACGAGUGGAUCCGUCCGACACGGUCAGGAUCAUUGCUGUGGAAAAACAGAGAACUGCUGAGGUUGAAGUGCAAGCGUGGAAAACUGUAGAAGGUGUUUUACAACUCAUGGAGAUUGCUGACAAUCAGAGGAAAUACAUCCUGGAUCACCCAGAAAACUACACGAUGCUGACGACCUUGAACGAAGAGAAAUGGAAAAAAUUCAAAGAGCAGAGAAGAAACCUGACCGACGCUCAUCAGAUCACAGUCUGUGCAGACGGCAUCAGGGAGGUCGUGACCUUUCUGAACCCCGGACAGACAGAAGACCUCUGUACGCCCUAAUAACUGCACGUGUUUACAUUCAUACUCUUAUGUCGGCCAAGCAUGUUGCACUUCGACGCCCCCAUGUGGUUGCUGUCUCAUUAUCCAGAUAUUUGUCAUGUGAGGUAUUUACCUGUAUAGUUUUUUUUUUGCGGAUCAUGUGACUGUCCAUCGACAGUGAUGUUAAAGAAGCAGCUUAUGUCAAGUUUCACACGUUUUUAAUAUGCAGUACUGUGCAAAAGUUUUAGGCAGAUGUGGAUGGGAUUCAAGUUCAGGGGAUGUGGUUCAAGUUCAGGGUCACGGGGCCAAAUAUGGUCGUGCCUCAAGGCAGGCUCGUUUCGUGUCCACCUAGAGGCAGCCCCAGCUUCUAUGAUUUUUCUCUGAAAAAAUUAGUUGUUUUUUUAUAUUUUCAAAUUCAUUUAAAAAUAUACAUAUUUCAAAAUGCCCUAUUACGAGAAGAUGUAGAAAAUGGACGUGUCUGCCUAAGACUUUUGCACAGCACUGCACUGUUUUGUUAAGGAUACAAAGAAUGUUGUGCAAGUAUUUAUUGAGUUGUUUUUUUUACAUUAUUUAAAGUCUAUACAGAAAGUUUUUUUGUAUAAUUUUUUUGUACAUUAAAUACAAAAUCCAUGACUGUGUAAAUGUGUUUUUUUUUUUUCAUUUUCCUGAUGACGUGUUACAACUGCACAUGCCAGGAAUAGUUGUAGUGAUUUUAAAUGUCGGUUGUUGCAGCGGCUCCUUCCUCGUCUUCUCAGUACCGUUCCCUCGUCAGUAUUUGUUUUCCCCGCUCCGUCUUUUAUGUUUUUAAUGUUUUUAAUGUUGUACGACUCGCUUGAAUGGAAAUAAUGUGCCUGCAGUCAGACCGUGUCAGACUGUGAGGACGUUGAUUCAAACCAGGCCAGAAAUGUGGCUCAGAUCGCUUAAACGUUUCUCUCAGGCCGUGGAUUGUUCCGAGAUCGUGUUAAAUCGUUGAUGUUCUGCCGGCGAUGGGUCGUCAGCGUGUCGUCGCCCUCCAGGCUUCAAUAAUUAGAACGGCAGAAGCUCGUUGGAAGUGUUUCCUGUGUGAACAUAAAUGUUGUCACAGACGUGAGAAUGAAAAACAGAACUUCCAACUUCUCUCUCCUCGUUCCUCCUGUUUUUCCCCGAACUUUUGUUUCUGCCCUCACAGAAACUCGCAAAUGAAUUCCUUCACCUUGACAAAACCCUGGACAAUCCUGACCCACAGUUCUCACGAUGACAAGGUCAAAAUGUGUAGAAAAAACAACCCCAACUUUGUGCAGUGGCCUCGCUCUCUUAUUGGCUAACACCGAGUUAGCUACUCUUUUGUU